AUGAGGAGAGAUCACGUAUCACUCACAAAACUCGUUGCAGAUGGUUUCUACAAAGAAGCACUUUCCCUUUUCUCCCACCUCCAUUCUUCUUUUUCCCCUACCCUUCAUUCCUUCACCUUCCCCACUCUCUUCAAAGCAUGCGCCAACCUUCGUAUCCUUUCCCACACCCAAAUCCUCCACGCUCAUCUAUUCAAAACUGGUUUCCACUACGACACUUAUGCCUCCUCCGCCCUCACCGCAGCCUAUGCUGUAGCCCCUCGCCAUUUUCUUGACGCACUAAAGGUAUUCGACGAAAUGCCCCAACCAAACGUUGUCUCUCUCAACGCAGCGCUUUCGGGUUUCUCGCAAAACGGGCGUAGCAGAGAGGCUAUCCGGGUGUUCCGGCGAAUUGGGUUGGGCCCCUUGAGGCCCAACUCGGUCAGCAUUGCGUGCAUGAUCGGUGUCCCUCAUGUGGGGGUCAACCAUGUUGCACUGAUGCAUUGCUGCGCGUUGAAGUUAGGGGUUGAAUUUGAUGUCUAUGUUGCCACCUCGCUUGUCACUGCGUAUUUCAAGUGUGAAGAGUUAACUUCGGCAACUAAGGUGUUUGAGGAAUUGCCUGUGAAGAGUGUGGUGAGUUACAAUGCUUUCAUUUCGGGCUUGUUGCAGAAUGGGGUUCUUCAUUUGGUGUCGGAUGUGUUUAGGGAGAUGAUGAGAGAAGUGUGUUUGGAAUGCAAACUCAAUACAGUGACAUUGGUGUCUGUUCUUUCUGCUUGUGGUAGGCUACGAAGUGUUCGUUUUGGUAGGCAGGUUCAUGGACUUAUUGUGAAACUAGAAGCGGGUGACGAGGUUAUGGUGGUGACUGCACUUGUGGAUAUGUAUUCGAAGUGUGGUUUUUGGCAUUCUGCUUUUGAUGUUUUCACGGGGGUGGAAGGGGACAGGAGGAACUUGAUCACAUGGAACUCCAUGAUUGCUGGAAUGAUGUUAAAUAAAGAGAGUGAGAGAGCUGUUGAUAUGUUUCGUCGUCUGGAAUAUGAAGGGUUGAAGCCUGAUUCAGCUACUUGGAACUCCAUGAUUAGUGGGUUUGCACAACAAGGAAUGUGUGGGAAAGCUUUUAAGUACUUUAGGGAAAUGCAGACUGUUGGUGUGUCUCCGUGUUUGAAAAUUGUUAAUACCAUUUUGUCAACGUGUGCAGAUUCAUCUCUGUUACGGCAUGGAAAAGAGAUACAUGGGUUUGCUAUAAGAACUGAUAUCAAUAGGGAUGAUUUUUUGGCUACUGCUCUGGUUGACAUGUAUAUGAAAUGCGGGCAUGCUUCUUGGGCACGAGAAGUUUUUAAUGAGUUUGAUGCAAAACCAGAUGAUCCAGCAUUUUGGAAUGCAAUGAUAGGGGGGUAUGGAAGAAAUGGAGACCAUGAAUCUGCCUUUGAAAUCUUUAAUAAAAUGCUGGAAGCAAGUGUUCGACCAAACAGUGCAACGUUUGUUUGUGUUUUAUCUGCUUGCAGCCACACAGGUCAGGUUGAUAGAGGGUUACAAGUUUUCAGAAUGAUGAGAAGAGAGUAUGGCUUGCAGCCAAAGCCUAAGCAUUUUGGUUGCAUUGUUGAUCUUUUAGGUCGGUUUGGUCAGUUGGGUGAGGCUCAAGGCCUGGUAAAGGAAUUAGCAGAGCCUCCUGCAUCUGUUUUAGCUUCUUUGCUUGGUGCUUGUAGGUGUUACCUAUAUUCAAAUCUAGGCGAAGAAAUAGCCAUGAAGAUUUUAGAUAUAGAACCAGAAAAUCCAACUCCUCUAGUGGUCUUGUCUAACAUAUAUGCCGGGCUGGGAAGAUGGAAGGAAGUAGAAAGGGUAAGAGGGAUGAUUACGGAUAAGGGAUUGGACAAACUCUCUGGCCUUAGUAUGACAGAAGUUGCAUAA